CUCUCUUUCUCUCUCCUUUGCUCACUUUGAGCCUUGUGUACUGGUAAGUUUUACAGACAGAGCCAGGUAGGACAUUCAAUUCCACUACUGCGACUGCCACAGAAUAGCUCUUUUAUUCUGCCCGAGCGCUCUGUACACUUGUCUGUGCAAAGAGAGGAGCUGUGUGGCUGUAGGAAUUCCAGGUCACAAGGAUUCCACCAGCAGGGAUCACCUCGCUUGUGAACUACCUGUGACUCUCAGACUCUUUAAUUUCCUAUAGGAAUGAAACCCAUGACACUGGGUAUAAGAGGAACCAAACACGGCAAUGGGGUCUUUUUCAUUUUAGAUUAGUGGGAUAACACAGUUUGAGGUCACUGCUUCUCCCCUGCUGAUUUUUGGGGCAUCAUGGGGUUGUUGUCAGUGGAGCAGAAUGUCUUGCUGUUUGUGACUGCUCUUUUUGGGAUAUAUCACUAUUCUGAAGGAGGAUGUUCAGGAAGAUGCUGUCAAGGGACAGAUCUCACUUGUUUUACCACAGACUGGAGGAUGGACAGAGUUUAUGGGACAUGUUAUUGUGAUGAGAGGUGUGUCAAGACAAAAGACUGUUGCUUUGACUACCCGACAGAGUGCCCAGCCCAGCCAUGUUUAGUGAGUGAGUGGAGUGGCUGGAGCGGGUGUGCCCAGCCCUGCCAGCCCUCAUUCCUUGUCCGGAGACGGAGCAUUAAAAGAGAGCCCAGAAACAGCGGCCAGGCCUGUCCAAAGCUGGAGGAACAGGCAGGCUGUAUGGAAUAUCAGAACCACCACGGGCAGUUUUGUGCUCAAACGCAAGGAGCAGCAUUUAUAACCACAAUGGAGUACAGCAAAGGCAGAGUACAUGAUUUGUAUGGUGCCCCGUUGGAUGCUGGAUUCUGUAUUGAGUUCAAGAUGGAGUCUCUGACACCACAGUGCAUGGUGGAGAAUCAACCCUAUACUCGCUGGAUGCAGUACUUGAGGGAAGGCUAUACUGUCUGCGUGGCCUGUCAACCUCCUGCCAUGAGCAAUCACAGCCGGAGUUGCCAAGGAGAUGGUAACCUAUCUAAGAGUUGUCCAAUAAAGCCUACCCUGCAUUUAGAUCCUCGCCCCUCGUCUGCCUUCCUGUUCAUCGUAACAACUAUGCUCUAAAAUCAAGACUGACAUAUCAAGAUGGAAUCUACUACCUUUCUUAAGCCUAUCAUCCAGGAUUGAAGUUUUAGGAUUGAAACUUUAUCUUUAUAUAAACUUGAUAGGAUUGAAUCCUAUCAUCCAGGAUUGAACCCAGAAUUUAGUUUGUACCCUGAUAACUGGCUUUACUUGUGUUCUUGUGGGUCCUUUGUAAUUCUCUCAAUUGUAAUAGCAAGUUAUUAAGUUUCUCUUGUUUAAUGGUCUUUAAUACUGAUGUGUAGGCAAUGAUUUCCCCCCUCAGUACCACUUUAGAAGCCUCCCCAUUGUCGUUCUCUUUAUAAUAGGUCUCAAUUUCAGUUUACAUUUUUUUAUUCAGCAAAUAUCAAGAAUUGUUUUUUUUUAUUCAGUACACUUGAGUUUAACUUCCAAAGGGUUGAUCUUGGAUUGCUUUUAAUUAUUAUAUCCAUUUUUAUAGGUGAGUGAUCUGAUUUCACAUGAUUGGACUCGAUGUCUAUCUCUCAAAAAUAUCAAGAAAUAAUUGAUUCUUGCAUAUGUUGAGUAAGGAGCAGAAAAAUGGGUGUAGUCACUUCCAGAUGGAAAUAAAUCCCUCCAAACAUCAAGGAUUACAAUUUCUUUUACUUUUGCCACUUCUUUUAUUGUGGCAUUAACUUUCCUACUUAUACGAUUCUGGUAAAACAGAAAUUAAUCAAUUUUAGAUAAAUGAAAAUUAAUGUCUCCUCCACAUAUAAGAAUUCCUUCAGAUUCUGUAGAUAUCAUGUCAAAAAUGUGUCUGACCAUGUGUAGAAUGACCAUUCACUUCCUGGGGGUGUGUAAAUAUUAAAUAUUCUUACCAAUGUUCCAUUUAUCCUCCCUUUAAUCAAAACAAAUCUACCUUUAUCUUUCUUUCAAGUUAAAUGUUCAGAAUUAAUAUGCCUCGAAAAAGAGUAGCAACCCCUCUUAUAUGGCCAGAUUUGUAAGAGGAGAAAAAUAACUAUUUAUGUCUUCCUUGUUGGAGUUUUAGAUGUUCUUUUUCAUUAAGAUGUGUUUUCUGAAGGAGGGCUAUGUGUGUCUUUUCUUUCUUUAGUUUUGUGAUUAUUUUAGAUCUCUUUUGGGUAUUAAGUAUACCAUUUAUGUUGAAAUAGACCGCUCAAUACACUCAGAUGUUUUACCUCCAUCACGUGUGUAAUAGGUUAAUCUCAUCUUGUAGUACCUAUCUAUUACCACUUGUCAGCUCUUGGCUGCAUUGAACAGUAGCCAAAUAAACAUAUACAAUA